CACAGCUUGUUGCAGCCGAAAAUAACUUGAUUUAAUCAAAUGAGUUACCGCGAACCGGUAUUUUGUGUAUUGAGUGCUAAAAAUAAACUUUGCGGUGCUUUUUGAGGCGCGUGCAGGACGAUGAGCGGUUAAGUGAUAGUGAAAGAUUGCGAAAAGUGAAUAUGUCAGUAGAGGAAGAGCCGGACGCGUUGAAAAUAUACUGGGAUCAUUUCUUCAAAGCGGAGACUGGGACUUAUGAGAAAUCGACAUGGCUGGAGCUGUUCUUGGCGGAAUUCAUAGUUCGCCUCAACGAUGGGCAAAACGCAAAAAAGUUAAUCAACUUUUGCCCCGUGAGCGGCGUGGUGACGUUGGUGGGCUGCGAGCUGCUGUGCGGCAUCCACCGUGUCACGUCGUCCAUCAACACGCACUACUGCGCCGCGCUGCCCGGCCUCGAGCCCGCGCCGCUGCCGCCCACCGGCACCGAGCACGAUGCCGCUGCCGAUACAAAGACGGAAGAGUCAAGCUCGCGUCCCGCAAGCGUGUUCUCGCGCAUGAACAUGCAGUCGUCGGCGGCCAUCCUGCGCAACUACCUGCUGGGCGGCGUGGCGUGGCGCUGUCUCGUACUGCUUCGGGCGCUGGGCGUCGAGGGUCUAUCGUGCUGCCGUCAGCUGAGUUCGGUGCUAAUCUGGCUUUUCGGAGAGACUUGCGCUGGGGGGGUUCCCCGCGUCGUCUCUCCCAUGCCGGCCCGCGACUGCCCGCCUCACCGCCCGCCCAUACACGAACUGUUUUCUAAAAGAAUUUGGGCGAAACAAAAACCUCUUAAUGUCUCAAAUUCUGCUGGUUCUUCAGAAAAAAGUUCUCUUUCGGGAAGAACGAGAAUCAGCGGGCAGCCGAAAUCAGAUGCCGAGGGGAAAACUAAAAAGAGAUUUACUAAAAACUCUGAACGUCAGUCUUCAGAAUCCAACGAUUCUAAUGACGAUUUGCAAAUAUUGAAUCGUAAUAUGACAAUCAAAGUAUGUACCCAGAACGAUGACUUUGAGUACUUCAAUUCCCCGAUACGCUCCUCUAGUGAAUAUGCCAACCAAACUUUAUACAUAGACCCCUUGUACUCGCCGCGAAAAGCGAAACCUAAAGCGGACGAUUUUAUGACGGCGAAACAUAGGGAAAUCAUAAAUUCGGAAAUCAGCACGUUUGAGUUUACAUUAAUUAUCACUGAUCUGUUACAAGAACUAUGCAAAGCUGAAAGUAGUCUAUCCGGUUCAGAAGGUUCACAAAUAUCAAUGCAAUGUAUAAACUUUUCGUUAAAGAAUUUGUGUUCCCUUCAAUUUGGCUCGUUGCAGGCGCAGUCAGAUGCUUACGAACCCUUCGAGAUGUCAAGAGUGAAAGUUGCCUUGACGGAACUUUUGAUAGUAUCAUUGGAUCAAGUGCUCAUUCAUUCCGAUUUGUGUGCCAAACUUAUUAAUAACGGAAUUAUGCCGAUGCUGCUUAGGAUCCUAGAGGACGUUAUAUGUAAAUCCAGUGCCAAAUACAAUACCAAAUUUGAACGCCAAAACCAUGCCAAAGAAACAGAAAAACAAGGCGAGUCAGAAUCCGCAAAUUUGCUUAAAUUCGUAUUCGGUAUAGCGUAUUCAAUAACAGCGUUCUUUCACUGUCUUUUAAUGCAAUGCAGAUCUGUCGAAAAGCUUAGAGAGUUUACAGAUCAGUUUAAGUUGUACGGAGAGUGUCUUAAAGGUGGAUUGCUCAAAGAAUGUAUGGAACUAAUGAUAAGGAUACCAGGAGUAGAUAAGGAAGAAACUGUGAUAUUGAUUAGGAAGCUGAUAGAUUCUAUAGGGAAGUUAAUAAGUGCUAUGAAGAGGGUUAGAAGCGAAGUAAUACAUUCCGCUGCCUGUCCAAAAAACAGGCAUAAAGCGUGCCGGCAAAGAGUUGCGGCGGGCAUGCACCAUCACCACGACAUACUCGGUGAAGCUGGAACAGGCCUACCUUUGCCUUCCGCUUGCUGUGUCUCAGUUUUAUACGGAACCUUGACAUCUCUUGUACCAGACGAAGAGGUGUCAUCCCAGAAAACAUUACGGAACAGAAUAUUGCACGUCAUGCUGAAAUGUGGUGUGUGCUGUUGUUUCUCCCCGAGUUUUCUCAUGGAAAAUAUCGUAAGGUUAAUGUUAACGCACAGCAAUGUUGCUUCGCUUUGCCUUCAACUGUUAGAGCACACUGUUUAUGGAGAUUUAGGUGCUAGUGUUUUAAUCCCUAAAGUGACUGACCAGUUGCCGUGCUCUAUUUGCGAACAAAGCGAUUCUAACCGCGAUCUUGGGAGAAAAUACUGUCCUCACGGUGUAAGUCCAAUCGAGAGAAAGAGUGUGUGGUCAUUUCUUAUACAUUAUAACUCGCUUCUUCAGUUAGAUAACCAUAAUAACGUACUUCACGCAACCGUUCGUCAUCUUCUCAAAGUAACGCCAAAAUGUCGUAUGGAAAUGAAAUAUGAGCUUCUAUUCAGUGUCAUUUACCCAACUUUUAUAGUAGCUAAGCACAGGUAUACCAUGAGGGUAGAAGAAUCCGCAUAUUUCUUAACUGUUUCCUGUUUAAAUAUCUUCGCAAGUUUACUUAAUACAGUGUCUUUUGCGGAACAGUUCAUCCAGAAAGGUGGAUUAAGCUUUGUGUUAGAAUUAGUGUCUUUACCAGAAUUUUCAAAUCAGUGCUGUGCUAUCCUAGAAAUAGCAAUAAUCGUAGAAAUAUUUAAACUCAUAAAGGAGAACGUUGAAUUAACUUAUUUCCGAGAAAUGCGAUCUCUAGCAUCCGUACAAAUCCUUUUUAAGUCUCUUUCUGAUAUGACGGAGAAGUGCUAUAAAAUAUACAAAACGAAAAUGCCACUUGAGAAGUUUGAGGAGUUAUGUGAUAUAAGUAAAGAGAAAGAAAUGCUGGCGAUAUCAUCAAUCGAACAAGCGCAACAAACGAGACUAGCAUCACUGCCGAUAUCAAUAAAGACUAAUUUCGCAUACGAAAAUACGGCUGAAGAGACAAUGGAAGAUCAUAUUGAGGUGUUAAAGAAUAUAUGUACGUUUUGGAAAUCUUGUGCUGGGCUGUGUUUAUACAGUCCGAUGUUUCGAGAGUAUGCCGUAAGCCAGCCUGUGUUCGUGGACAGCUACGCACUGCUCAAGCUCUUGCUGUACUACUUGUGCAACUGUGAGUGCACCAGUACUGAAUCCAAAGUGCUUAUUAAGAUUAUGGAGUCUCUCUUAACUGUACAAUUCGCUGUUUCUGACGCGACGGCGGGCCGCUCCAAGCAGACCAGCUGCGUGGUGGUGCGCGAAGCUUUGAGCGUUCGCGCGUGCGGCGGCGUGCGUGCGCUCUGCGACGCACUAUUGGGCGUGGCCUUGGCGGCGCCCAGCUCGCGGCACGCCAUGCCCCGGCUGACUCCACUCAAGGUGCCACCGCUGUUCUGUCCCUCGGGCAACAGCUCCCCGGAGUGUUCGUCCAGCGAGGACAGCGUGGUGGGCCCGUACGCCAGCGAACACAGCGAGUGCCGCACACUGCCGGAUGACGGCUAUGAGGCUGACGUCGAAAUCGGAAAGCAGGAUGCUCCGACAAAGACAAGGAAGCUCUCUGAAUCUUUGUCCGUGUUGAAUAAUGUAUCAGCAGGCUCGCACGGCCAGCAGGCGUCGGCGGAGUGCCCGGAGUACAGCGAGAGCGGAGAGCUGGCGCACCCCGAGCUGUGCGUCAUCGUUGUCGACAUCCUGGCGCAGCUCAUAGACAAGCUGCUGAGCUCGGAGCAAUACGACAAGCAGCAGAGCGAGGAGGUGUCGCGCGUGUGUGGCGGGCUGGCCCGCGCGUGGGGCGCUCGGCUGGCGGGCGCGCGCGCACCGCCGAUGCUGCUGGCACGCCUGCUGGCGCCCGGCUCGCCGCCCGCGCGGCUGCUGGGCGCCGCCUCCGAGCGGCACGCAGAGCUGCAGCGCAGCGUGCUGGAGCUGGUGGCGGCGGCGGCGGCGCGCAGCGUGCGCGCGGCCGAGCUGUGGGCGCUGCUGCGGCUGUUCGCGGCGCCGCGCCCGCCGCUGGCGCCGCUGCUGCGCGCGCUGCGCCGCCUGCUGCAGCGCGCCGCGCCGCACGCGCCCGACUGCCUGCUGCGCUUCCCCGUCGACGCCGACCACGAGGAUUACUCGCCCGACGAGCCCGUGGGCUCAUCAUUUAACCAGCAAGCGGAACUGACUGCAAGGCGCUUGCGACAGUCGCACUUACGCGCAGGCGUGUGGUCGCCGUGGUCGGCGCACGCGGCGCGCUGCGCGGCGGGCGGCGCGGGCUGGUCGCCGUGGCUGGCGGGCUUCGGCGCCGCGCUGUGGCUGCGCCUGGCGCCGCCCCGCGGCCCGCCGCGACACGAUGACACAGAGGAAUGGCAAGAGGAGCCGCCCGAUCCCGAUGGGAUACCGAAGUCGCCGAAGAAAGAGCAGCCGGCUAAGUCUGAGCUGAUGCACGUGUUCUCCAUCGGACACGACUCGCUCAUGUUCGAGCUGUGGGUUAACACCUACAACGGUGAGCUCUCGGUGCGGCUGACGCGGCCGGACACGCAGUGCAACAAGUUGGUGAGCAGCGCGCGCGCGCGGCCCGGCCUGGGCUCGCGCUGGAGCUGCCUGGCGCUCAACGUGGCGGAGCGCGUGCACAAGCGCCGCAUACACAUACAGGUGACAAUUUACGUGAACGGCCGCGAGUGUGAAACUUUAUCGUUGCUUCUUCAAGGCAUCCUGGUGCGCAAGGCGACGCCGUCGUGCGUGCUACUGGGGCAGGCGGGGCGCGCGGACGGCGCGCGUUCCGGCGGCGCGUUGCACGUGGCGAGCGUGCGCGUGUUCCGCACGCCCGCGCUGUCGGCCGGCGCCGCGCUGCACGUGGCGGCGCACCCGCCCGACCUGCCUUGUCAGAUUCCAUGUGAGUCGGCAAACUUCCCAUCAAUAAUAACUCCGGAGCUGCUGGAAAUGGAUAUUGACUGGGAUUCCGUGUACGAGAUAUCGAGCGCUACGCUUCGCGAGUUACACGAGAGCUUGCUGUUGACGUUUGCAGCGCAUUCGCCGGACAUCAUGAGCCUAUACCACCAAGCACCGGCCGUGCCGACAGUGUUCGGGUCGCGCGCGUGGGCCGCGGGCGGCGGCGCGUGCGGCGAGCCGCCGGACGCGUUGCGCGUGCGCUGGUGCGGGCGCGCGCGCGUGGCGCAGCGCCGUGGCCUGGCGCCCGCGCUACUGGCGCUGGGCGGCCCGGAGGUGCUGCUGUAUUUGUUCGCCAGGGUGGUGGAGCUGGAGGGCUCGGCGGAGGAGCAGGCGGGCGCGCUGGCGGUGGCGCUGCGCGCGUGCGGCGCCGACGCGCGCCUGGCCGCCGCGCUGCACGCCGACGGCGCGCUGGACCUGCUGCUGCCCGUGCUGGCGGCGCCCGGCUGCCGCGUGUCGCACCACAUGCUGAAGGUGCUGCUGGACGAGGCGUGCAGCGGCGCCGUGCUGCUGGCGGGCGGCAGCGGCGCGCAGGUGACGCUGCGCGCGCGCACCGACUGCGUGCUGCUGGAGCCGCGCCUGCUGCUGCUGCUGGUGCGCGCCUGGAGACACUUCGACACCGACCAGGUUGUAAUAUGGGAGGUGAACUCGGGCGAGCCGGAGAGCGGCGGCGGCACCAAGGCGAUGGGGUCGACGUGGGAGCUGGCGCUGGCCGCCCUCAGGGCGCUGCUGCACGCCGAGCACCCGCGUCUGAGCUUCAACCACUACCAGGCCUCGCGCGUGGACCUGCUCCGCCACUUGCUGCUGGCUUGCAAGGAGCGGUUCCUGAACUCGGAGCGGCCGGCCUUCGGGCGCGAGACCAGCGUGGCGCUGGUGGCGCUGGUGCGCGCGCUGCUGGGCCGGCCGCCGCUGCUGUGCCAGCUGGCGCUGCUCUGCGACUUCCUGCUGCUCAUGCACCAGGCAAGCGACACUUUCGUGACGCAUUCGCGAGCGAACUUCUACUUCCUGCUCACGGCCGACACGCCGGAGACGAGCGAGUUCAACUUUCUGAACUUCAUCAACAAGCGGCACAAAUCCAAAACUGACAAUAAGAACGAGGACAUCGCGGAUAAGUCCAGUUCAUCGAGCGUGUCGGAGGAUGCGGCGGAAGCGCUCGACAAGCAGGCGCGCGCCGACAACACCGACUCGGAAGGCGCCGACCCCACCAAGCAGCUGAAGGGGCUCAUCAACAUGAACAUCAGGGAAGGCAGGCAAAAGCUGUCAUCGACCUCCGAAGCUUCAGAUGGAGCUACAGAAAAAAGUUUAGAAGAAACUAUGGAAGAUAUUGAUGGAACGGCUCUGGACAGUGAGGAGCAAGACGCAGAAGCUGAGAAAGCUCUAAACGGGUUCAUCGUGGUGGACAGCGAUGAAGUCAGCCACACCACCGUUGACAUCUACACUAGUGGAAUAUAUCAGCAGAGAAGGGUGCGAGCUGGUGCGGAGCCGGGCUGGCAGGCGUGCGAAGGGUUGCUGCUACUGCUGCGGGACGCCAUCGCGGCACUACCGGAACACAUGCUCGCUCAGGCGGCGACGGCGAUCCAGGCGGACACGCUCGUGGUACUGGCCAACCACCGGCAGGCGGGAGUGCGCGCCGCCGUGGUGCGCGCCGUGUGCGCGCUGCACCGCCGGCACGCCGCCGCGCUGCCGCACCACUGCCUGCUGCAGCUAGCCAACCAGAUAUCCUUAUACCCCGGCUCUUGGGAGCUGGCGUCGGCGUGCGCUGCGCUGGUCACCAAGCGUGACGUGCCACUGGAGGAUCAGUUGGAUGAGGACGUGUGGUUGACCUUGGACGAGGAGGCGGCGUACCGCAGCCCGCCGCUACUGGCGCUGUUGCCGCUCAGUGCGGGUGCCGCCGACGUGCCCCUCGCGCACAAUGUUGCUGCGCUCGCCAGGCGGCUCGUUGACAAGGCAUCAUUAAAGGCACUCACCGAAGUGGCUUUAGUGGAAGUAGUGGUGAGAUCGAUCCGCGCGGUGGGCCAGGAGGAAACCAGCUUCGAGGGCCGGGAGCUACUUUUGGAAGAUCUAUACGACCUGCUGAGCAGGGUCGCCGUGAAGGUGCUGGCUGGAAACCACAGCAUGCAGCCGGUAGUGGACAUGCACCACAUGCUGCGCUACGUGGAGUGCGAGCGCGCGGCGGGCGCGGCCGCCGACGCGCCGCCGGACGGCGUGGUGGGCGCGGCGCGCGCGGCGCAGGUGGCGCUGUUCUGCGCGCAGCUGGACCACCUGGAGCUGCGCUUGCGCGCGCACCACCCGCCCAAGCUGGCCAGCCUGCUGUCCACCGUGCUGACGUCGGCCGUGGAGGGCGGGCUACCCGGCCGCUCGGAAGCCGGCGAGCUGGCGGCGCGCCACGCCGCGACCCUGUCGCGCGCCGUGGCUUUUCUCGUCACGCGGCCCGAGAACGCGCCGCUGCAGCCCGAGGCGGACUUCUUCGGCCGCCUGCUCGACACGCUGCUGGCCGCGGCGGGCGGCGAGGCGGGCUCGCGCCUGUUCGGUGGCGCGGCGGGUGGCGCGGCGCUGGGCUCGCUGUUCUGGUGGGCGGCCAGCCCGGCGCCCGCGGCGCGCCCGCUGCAGCCGCGCCUGCUGCGCGCGCUGUACCACGCGCCCGCCGCCGCUCUGCGCGCGCUGGCGCCGCGCCCGCGGGACCCCGCCACGCUGCGCAAGCUGUCGGUGUACCUGCUGUCGCUGCUGCAGCACGUGCACCUGCGCGGCGGCGCGGGCGUGGAGCUGGCGCUCACGGACUGGGCGCGCGACUGGGCCGUGGGCGCGCAGGCCGGCCUGGCGGAGCGCGCGCGCGGCGCCGCGCUGCCGGCCGAGGCCGCGCGCCUGCUGCGCGACGACCGCGCGCGCUGGGCGCGCCUGCACGCCGGGCCGCGCACGCGCGCCGCCAUCGGCAAGUCCGUGUUCGCCAAGGAGGCGGCGGCGCGCGCGGCGGCGCUGGCCGCCAUGGGCGCCACGCGCGGCGUGGUGGAGGCGCAGAACGGCGAGCGCAAGGCCUUCCUCGAGCACCUGCGCCGCGCGCACGCCGCCACGGCCGCCGCCUGCGCGCGCUGGCAGGCGCUCGUGGACGCGCACACGCACGAGCUCGGCGUGUGGCACAGCGCGCGCGGCUACCCGCAGGCGUGGCAGCUGGACAGCACGGAGGGGCCGGCGCGCGUGCGCGUGCGGCUGCGGCGCGCGCACCUGCGCAUCCCGCCGCGCUUCCUGCAGCACAAGCACAAGCACAAAUCCGAGAGCGCCAGCCAGCCGAGCCCGCUGCGCGGCGUGGUGUGGGCCGGCGGCUCGGGCGACGUGCGCGGCGGGCUGGCGGCGCGCCUGCAGCUCAGCGAGACCGUGGCGUACAUGGCGCGCGCCGUGCGCGUGGCCGUGCACACCGACACCAGCGGAGAGCUCCUGCUAACUGACCGGAGUCUUCACUUCAUACCGGAAGAAGGAUCUGGCGAGGGCGAAGAGAGCGCGUCGAGCUGGUCGCUGGGCGCGGUGGCCAAGGUGGCGACGCGGCGCUGGUGCCUGCAGGAGCGCGCCGUCGAGCUGUUCCUGUGCUGCGGCCGCACGCUCAUGCUGGCCUUCGCGGACACGGCCGAGCGCGCCGCCUUCCUAGCGGCGCUGGGGCGCGCACAUCUGCCCAACAAAACUGAACAAGACAGUCUUGCAGAAGCGAUGAACCAGUGGCGCAACGGCGCCAUCACCAAUUGGGAAUACCUGAUGAUCCUCAACGGACUAGCGGGGCGGUCUUAUAACGAUCUCAUGCAGUACCCGGUGUUCCCGUUCAUCAUCGCUGACUAUACCUCCAAGAUCCUCGACCUAACGGACCCGGCAUCCUUCCGCGACCUCAGUAAACCCAUGGCCGUGCAGAACAAGAACCGGGAACAACAUUACAUCAAUACUUAUAAUGACCUCAAGGCCGCGCGGCGCGACGGCUGCAGCCCGCUGCUGUCGCGCCAGCCGCACCACUACGCGUCGCUGUACUCCAACUCCGGGGGGGUGCUGCACUACCUGGUGCGCCUGCCGCCCUUCACGGAACUCUUCCUCAACUAUCAAGACAACAACUUCGACAUGCCGGACCGCACAUUCCAUUCGUUGGCCACCACGUGGCGCCUCAUCACCAACGACUCGCCCACCGACGUGAAAGAACUCAUCCCCGAGUUGUUCUACCUGCCCGAGUUGUUCUACAAUAACGAAGGCCUGGAGUUGGGCGUGCGGCAGUGCGGGCUGAGGGUGGACAACGUGGAGCUGCCGCAGUGGGCGGCCGACGCGCGCCUGUUCACGCUGGUGCACCGCCAGGCGCUGGAGGCGCCGCUGGUGACGGAGCGCCUGCCGCUGUGGGUGGACCUGGUGUUCGGGUACAAGCAGACGGGGCAGCCCGCCGUCGACGCCGUCAACGUGUUCCCGGCCUGCACGUACUACGGCUUCGACCCCGAGUCGCUGGAGGAGGAGGUGGACCGGCUGGCCGCGGCGGCCAUGGUGCGCACGUACGGCCAGGCGCCGCGCCAGUUGCUGCGCGCGCCGCACCCGCAGCGCGCGCCCGACUUCGCGCACCAGCACACGCAGGCGAGCGUGUGCGCGGGCGCGGCGGGCGCGCGCUGGGGCCGCUACUGCGGCUCGCCGGAGCGCGCGGCGCCCGUGGUGGCGGCGCGGCGCGUGGUGGCGGGCGGCGCGCGCCUGCAGGCGCUGGCGCACCCGCGCGCCGUGGCCGUGUGCGCGCCCGCCAGCGCGCUGCUCGUGCGCAGAGGUGCGUACGACACUGUAUCGAGAUUUUCAAUUCGAUUUGAAUACACUGUUGUCUACGCGAGCCUAUUGAACUUCACGUUGCCGCGGCCGGCGCUGUCCGCAGACGAGUGGGCGUGCGGCGAGGGCGCGGGCGCGGCGGCGCUGUGCGCGCUGUCGUGGGCGCACGCGGACGGCGGCGUGCGCGUGCGGCGGCGGCGCGACGCGGCGCCCGAGGUGCUGCUGCACGAGCCGCCGCUGGAGCGCGUGUCGGCGGCCUGCGGCUGGAGCGGCGCCGGCGGCUGGGGCGCGUCGGGCGCGCUGGGCCUGGCGUCGGGCCGCGUGCUGGCGCUGCGCGCGGGCGCGCGAGUGUCCGUGCGCGCGCUGCACGCGCACCGCGCGCCCGUGGCCGACGUGGUGCUGUGCCCGCGCGCCAGCCUGCUGGUCACCGCCAGCGUCGACGGGCUCAUCGUGCUGUGGGAUCUGAACGAGCUCACGUACAUCCGCACUCUGCCCAACCGCGACAUGCUGCCGGUGCGCUGCGUGGCCGUCAGCGAGACGCUUAGCGACGUGGCCACGGUACACGACCCCGUCGGCGCCGCCGACCACGCGGCUGGCGCCGCCGGCCCCCUCCCCGACACCAGCGAGGACCAGCAGUCUGAGGACUACGAGCACGAGCGCGACGCCAGCUACAAAUACAAGUCGCUGGUGCGCGUGCACACGGUCAACGCCAAGUUUGUUGGCAGCGUGAAGGUGGCGGAGCUGGUGACGUGCGUGUGCUACUCCAACGCGCCCGAGGGCGUGAGCGUCAACUGCGUGGCGCUGGGGCUGGCCAGCGGCGCCGUGCGCCUGUACUCCGCCUGGGACCUGCGCCCGCUGGGCUACGUGCCGCCGCCCUCGCGUGCGCUACCGCUACUCAGCAUCGUGUACAGCUCGGACUCGCAGCUGCUGUUCGCGUGCUACGCGGACGGCGCCGUGCUCGCGUGGGAGAGCGCGGACGCCGGCGCGCGUCCGGCGCCCGUGCGCAUCCUGCCCGCGCACGCGCUGCUGUGACCCGGCGCGCCGCCUGCGGACUCGUGACUGCCCACCACGUAGACGAAAAACGAAAAAUGAUCAACCGCUUUUUCUGCAGGAAAAUAUGUCGCUGGCCCCCAGCCCACAUACGGUACUCCGACGAUGACUAUAGUUUCCUUCAUCGUUCAAGUAGCCUUAGAACAAGAUUUGCUCGCUCGCAAUCGAGGAAUCUUGUUAGAGUAUUAAAAUCUGUAUCGUCAAGGUAAAGUGGACCUAAUGUCGAGCAUUUUAGUCUCAAAUCCUGUAAUCUAAUAUUUGUUUUACAAACGUUAUUAAAACUCCGAGCUAAAUAAUUGUUAUAAAAUUUUAAAGAGAGAGAACAGUACUUAAUUCUAGAGUGCAACGGCGGCCUCAUUACUAAAAGUGAUUUUUAAAAGGCAACCCGGGCGAAAGAAGCCGAUAUAAAGGUGGAAAGUGGAUGAUGCAUAAAGAAAAAAAAUAAAAAGCAAAUAAAAUAAACUGACACGAACACUCGAAAACGAUUCCUCGAUGUUUUUCCGCGAGCUUAUCUUGUGCUCAGCUUGUAACCUAACUGUAGUACGGCGUGAACAUUACUUCAUAACAAUAAAACUUUGGAAAGCAAAUAUCUGGGAGCGCUUUCCAUACAAAAGUUAACCUGUAAGCAGUGGCUUGUACUCUAUUUUGAGUUCCGUACGAAAGAUCUGACAAAUUUCCUCUAGCACUCACGUUGUGAAUAUCACUUUGCAAUUUAUAAUCAACAUCAAAAUAUUAAUCUGCAAGUUGAUCAAAUACGAUUCUCACAUUUUGCACACAACAACACAACACAACUGUAUUGAAAAGAAAAAUUAAAAUCUGUUAUUUUAUAUCUAUAAUAUAUAAUCAACGUCCCAAAGAAAGCGACAGCUGAAUUGGUUUUGGUCGCGAUGGCCGUAGAGGUUUUGCAAGUCUUGAUAUGUGCUAUUAAAAUCUAAGUACUUAAAAAAUAAUAAAUGUAUUUUAAAAUAUAUUUCUGCAAUAAUGUGCUCAUAAAGGUCCUAAUGGCCAGCCAAAGUUACGCAGGAGUCUGAUAGAAUUUAUUUCGUACAGGGAUUUGUUUUAAACUUUCUGUGAGUAUAAAUUUAAAAUGCGUAGAUAGUUUUGUACUGGCGUUAGUCGGAUUGAUACGUAAUGGAAUAGUUGUAACAUAAAAGUGAUCAAACGUUAUAUUAUGAAUUUAGAUUCAAAUUGACCGAGGUAUGUUGGCACUAGUGGAGUUGAAACCGAUUUCACAUGACAUUAGAGGGCACUCUAGACGUAAUAAUAUCUAGCGCAUUAAACCGGACACUGGUGCUCAUUCGGUUGUACACCAACUGAGGAUUAAAAACUAAACUAUGCUCAGGAUUGAGGUUGAAACUAUUCCGAAAUUCCUUAUUAUUUGAAUACCGUUGUAUAAAUAUGAAUUAUAAACUGUAACAUUUUUGAAAAUGAUAUUUAUUGAUAUGCAAUAUUGUCUUCCGAACGAAGUAUAUUAUGUGAUGGUAAUAUAUGCGUAUACUGUACAAUAGAUGCAACUUUUUUAACUAAAUAGGUAACUAUGAAUAACUAUAUUUUAUGCAAUUUUAAAAUAUUUAACUGAAGUUUUUAUUAACACAAAUGAAAAUACUAUAAUAUGGGUUAACAUAUCGCAAAUAGUUUUUGAUUACAAAUGUUUUUAUCUUGGUAUUUUAUUACUAGUUGCCACGCAGACGAACCUACCUUACCUACGGGUCGUUGCGUGUUGUUAGUCCCUCGAGAAUUUCGUCAUAAUAACAUCAUUCCGGUAUCAUCUGAUAUGAGACCCUUCAAGGUAAACAAACAAACAAAAGAACACCUUGCUUGAGCUUUAUAAUAUUAGUAUAGAUAAUAUUAAAAAAUGCUUUACUUUCACAAAUCAAAUUUAUUAAUUACAUAUCGCCAAGGGUAAUUCUAGCAACAGUUAUCUUUAUUUAAUUCAUAAGACAGACUUUAUCUAUAUAUUAACAUUUUAAGCACAUUGUAUAAAUAAAUUGGAUGUAAAUAGCAACGAAAUGUAUUGAAUAUUUUAAUACACGUUUAUGAGGCAAUUAUGUAAUUUUAAUAGAAUAUUUUUAUAAUAGGAACGUUAUCGAAAUGCAGUUCAAAAUAUAAGAACUGUUCAUUAGGAUAUUUUAUAAUUUAAACUAUCGUGAGUGAUAUAACUAUGAAGUGUUUUUUAUAUCAUUUGUAUAUGUUUAGUGUCGUUGGAUGCCCUAAUAGUUCUGAAUCUGGGCACACGAGAACGAAGUCACUUACUACUAAGGACUUUGUUGAUUCCGCAAAUAGUUCGGGCAUACAACUACCUACCAAAAAACGGAUAUGUAGGUCAAAUAAUUUUAUUAAGACAUGUUUUAUCAUUCCAAAAAUGCUCAAUCAACGUUUUGUGUUUGUCGUGAUAACUCUAAAUUACGAGCCAAACUAUGAACAUAGAAAUAAUACAGCUCAGAUAUUUUUGUAACAUCUAAAUUUGUGAUAUGAUAUUUUAAACUACUCAAUAUUGCAUAAGUGUAGGUAUUAACUCUGUUCCUCAAAGCUUCUAAAUAAGGUAAAAUAAGAAAAUACACCCAUGUUAUCUAUUGUGAAUUUAUAUCUAUUGAUGAUAAUUAUAAUUAUUAUGUUGUGGUAAUGUUGUUACAGAUGGAAAUAAAUAUUUUAACCCCUCUGUAUCUGAUUUUAUUCCAGCCAUCCCGCGACUUCGCCUGCGCAUAACUUCGGAUGC